UCCGAUCCGGGACUGUCACCGCCCGCUGGCCGCUCCACGGAGCCCUUUCCUCUGCGUCCAUCUCCAGCGUCCCCGCCGCCAUGACCACCACCACCACCUUCUCGGGCAUGGACCCCAGUGGCAGGAACAGCUCCAGAGUGCUGCGUCCUCCUGGAGGUGGGUCCAACUUUUCCCUGGGUUUUGAUGAACCAAAAGAACAACCUGUGAGAAGGAACAAAAUGGAAUCCCACAUCUUUGGAACUCCUGAGGAAAAUCCACCUUCCUGGGCUAAAUCAUCGGGGACUAAGCCAGGUGAAAGCGGAGAAAACUGUGAAUCAUCUGGGCCACAAAGAAGAAACUCAACUGAUGCAAACUGCCGAGACUCUGUAGAUCCCAAGGGAGAAAUUGGUGGUGGUGAAACUUCUGAAAUCACUGAGGCUGACGUAGAAGCUGCCCCAGGUCAGAGUGAAGAGAAAUCCCUGCCUGCUGCACCUGUUCCUAGCCCAGUAGCACCAGCACCAUCCAGGAGAAAUCCACCCGGUGGCAAGUCCAGCCUAGUCCUCGGUUAAACCUUUCCCUUCCUGUUUUGAACUCGUGUCUUGUUUCUUCCCCCCCUUACCCCCCAUGCUUGUGAACUGCACAACUUGAGCCUGACUGUACAUCUCCAAUUCCUUUCAUUAAAAAGAAGCACUUUAUGUACUCCCA